GAGUUGUGCUCAAACCCCAGAUUCAUUGAUGAUGGAGCCACCAGGACGGAUAUCUGCCAAGGAGAUCUGGGGGACUGCUGGCUGCUGGCUGCUAUUGCAUCACUGACCCUGGACGAGAGCGUGCUGGCCAGAGUCGUUCCUCCUGAACAGAGCUUCACUGACCGCUACGCCGGCAUCUUUCACUUCCAGUUCUGGCAGUUUGGUGAGUGGGUGGACGUGGUGAUUGACGACCGGCUGCCCACCAGAGAUGGAAAGCUGCUGUUUGUUCACUCAGCCGAGGGCUCUGAGUUCUGGAGCGCCCUGCUGGAGAAGGCCUACGCCAAGGUGAAUGGAUGCUAUGAGUCUCUGUCAGGUGGCUCCACCAUUGAGGGGUUUGAGGACUUCACAGGAGGGAUAGCGGAGAUAUACCAGUUGGACAAAGCUCCUCCUCACCUCUUCAAGAUCAUGGAGAAGGCUCUGGGCCUGGGCUCUCUACUGGGCUGUUCCAUUGAUAUCACCAAUUCCUAUGAGACAGAGGCAGUGACAGCUCUAAAACUGGUGAAGGGACACGCAUAUUCUGUCACCGGUGCUGAAGAGGUCCAUCUCCAUGGAGACCCGGUCCAGCUGAUUCGCAUCAGGAACCCCUGGGGACAGGUGGAGUGGACUGGGCCAUGGAGUGAUGGGUGAGGGAAUGAUGAUGAC